AUGAUUCGGGUAGCACCAAGAUUCAAGGCUAGAAUACCUAUAAAUCUCAUUAAAAAUCAUCCUUCGUCAUCAUUACGAGGUACUUAUUCUUUAGAAACUUCACACCAUGCAAUAAAACAUGAAAAUUCAUCAACUAAUCCAUCAAAGAAUGGAAGACAAAUACCCAUUCACAUAGUCAAAUUUUCAGAUAAUUCAUUCAAUCCCAAGAAUCAACAAAAAGUAGUCAAUUUAGGUAAGGUCACUGAUCAAUUACAAGAUUUGAUACCCAAUAUUUUGAAUAAAUCAUUACCAAAAUCCAUAAUAUCCUCUGAUAUCAUGCUCAGGUUCAUUCCCACACAUGUCAAUGAAAGUUAUUUACCAUCAAUUAGGGGACAUGUUUCAUAUUAUGCUAGUUUUAAAGCCAUUCAAAUCUUGACCACGGCAUUUAUAUUAAAUCCUCAAGUAAAACUUCAUAUCCAAAGUAUUAAAGUCAUUGAAGAAGAAUCUAAUAUCGAUGUACUUUGUGUAUAUAAGAAAUCCACUAAAAUUCAUGUUCGUUGGACAACUUGUAAUGAAGGUUGUUACCAUCUUAACGACAGUAAAUCUACCUCCGAUGCAAAGUUAGGUUCCCAUACGUGGUCAAAGGUUGAUACCUCAAGAGUGAAUCUUGAUGAUACCUUUUCACUAAGAAAUAUCAGUAAAUUAAGCUUAGGAUUGGUUGGAUUAAAUAAGAAUCAAAAACAACUAGAGAGAGUUGUAUCAGGAAUAUUCAUAUUCGAACUAAAUGAAGAGAAUGAUAAGAUCAUUGUUCAUACCAUAGACGAUGUGAAUAUCAUCGAGAAUGAGAGUGAGGAGGUUGGAGAUUUGAAGGUUUGUUAA